CUCGACCGUCAUGGAGGAUUACGCUACGAUGGAUACUUCACCGAGCGAGGAGCCGUCAAGCGAACCAGUGUUGGAUAGCGAACAACAGAUUUUACUCGAAUUACUCGAAGAACACAGCACACCAUACGCAAAGGCAGCCAGUGCAUUAUAUUUCAGGCGUAUCUUUACUGCAGAUUUGCCAAGUGAAACACAAGACCCUGGAAAGUAUGCCCGUUUGGUCGAACUUUUGCUUCGCAUCGUUUGUAAUGAUAACCAUCCAGCAGAUACCCGUGUAAAUGCAGCAUGGGCUAUAACAAAUAUGGCUUGUAUGUCUGAUAAAGUAAAUCAUCUGAUUGUUGACAGCGGAGGCAUCGAUGCCCUUUUGAGUGGAGUCAUUUCUGGUACAGGUGAAUUCCGGAUCCAGUGCAUUUGGGCUUUGGGUAAUAUAGCUGCCGAUUGUGCUAGGUGUAAGGAAAAAUGCCGCAAUACAGGCCUUAUUACGGUGCUCGCCAGGCUACUUUCCCAAAAUGUCCAUACUGAACACGGUGAUCUCAAAAAUGUUGUGUGGUGCGUGAUGAACUUAUUGCGCGGUGGAGUACGGAACGGCAGCAUACCCGUGACGACUGUACAAAUGUUAGUGAAGUCUCUGUUUGAUCUCUUGAAGAAGUACGCAGUAUGGACGGAACUGGCCAAAGACUGUCUUUGGACACUAGCUUCGAUAGCUGAUGAUAUGCACCAAGGGACCCAGAUCGAUGUCGUACUUAGCGAAGAAGGCCUUAUCGAUUUGACAUUUGAAAUUCUAGACUCGGAUUUUAUUGAACUUCAUCAUGGCGCUCUGCGCAUUCUUGGAAACAUAAUCACUGGGAAUGAUGUGCAAACAGCAGCAGUAGUGAAUCAUCCGCGAUUUUACGACGUUUUGUCGCGCUCGAUGUCGUAUCAAUCUGUGCCUGAUGUGCGAAGAGAAGCCGCUUGGAUGUGUUCUAAUAUAGCAGCAAGCAAUCAGGAGCACAUGGAUCUGCUAUUUUUGGAUUGGAACAUUUUUGAGAUGCUCUUGGAGGGUGUCAGCACAGCUGAGAGGAAAUUGAAGAAGGAAUGCAUGUGGACAAUUGUUAACUUACUAACUGGAGCUAACGAAGUGAAAAUACGCUUUAUGGUUGCGUGUGGAGUUUUCUUCCUAUUUCCGGCCCUUCUAGCAACAUCGGAUUUCCGUCUGACUGAACGAACUAUGCACGCAUUACGUAGUCUUCUACCAUUUUACCCUGAACAUGCUACACUCAUUAAAGAUUCAAAUAUGCUCUCGUUAAUAAAAGAGCGUUUUCUCGAAACCGAUAUGCAUUUACAGGAGCUCAAGAACGAAAUUGAGUUUUUUAUCAAUGCAAGAUGUGUACCGCACAUUCCAACAUGUACAUACACAUUUAUUGACGAUGUGUCGAAGCAAACGCAGUCAUCACGAGCAUAUCUAAUUUAA